AAACAUUAAUGCUAUCUAUCAUCAAAGAGAGACUUUAGGCUUUAAUCCUCCAAGAGGUGCCUUCGGUCUCUUUCUCGUCUUUAAUUUCCCCCACUUCCCAAGCUCGUGCGUACGUAUCUCCUUUUAUUCGGUGUAUUACCGUAUGUGUUGUUUAUCAUGAAAAUUGUUGUUUGAUUUCCAAAUGCAUAUAAUUAUUAGAUUCAUACAUAUCAAAGGAAUGUUGUCAUUUCUAAUAGUAGUUGGAAAUUAUUGCUUGCACUUGUCCCACCAAGAGUCACUAUUCAUGUGACUUAAAGUCUUGGAUUAACUACAACAAGCUAGAUGAAAUCCAGCCUUAAAUAUGACUACUUUUAGUUUUAAAAGUAGUAAUUGAAAAUUCUUGCUCUGGCUCUCCGGACAGCAAGGCCCAUUCUUUUUUAUUUCUUUAAGUUUGCUUCUUCUGACAAGGUAUAGUAUUCAAUAAGUUAGGCAUCAGGAUCAUCGACAUGGGAACAUAAAUAGAAAAGUGUACCAAUAGGAUUAUCUUACGCCUUUGUCUUUACAUUUUCUAUUGGUAUAAAGCUAACCGUGCUGAGCAUCAUGUUUGUGUGAAGCAUAAUAGCAUAAACAAGUGUGCUCUAGUCUUGCCUUAAAAGAUGGCAGUUAAGAAAUUGGAACAACACACUUCAAGGUAAUCCCUUAUGACAAAGACAAAUUGAAAGGAUAGAAUUUCUCUUGAGAUUAUCUUUAGAUACGGCGACACAGCCUCAACUUACUUGGCUUCCAUGAUGCUUAAGGUUAUUUGCAGCCAGUGAUAUUUUUUUUUUCUCUUUAGAAGGACAAAACAAAAGUUGAGAAGGAAAAGUAUUAGUGACAUAUAUAUAUAGGUAUCAUGAGCGAUGAAAGAUCAAAGCCAUGGAACAUAUAUCCGUCCUCAAACCCUGGCCCAUCACAAACAGGAGUUGAUGAGGAAGCACCAUGGAAAAGCUUAGGGACAUCCAUGAGUGCUAUUUCUUUUGGUUUUGUUGCCACGGCCAUUUUGAUUUCAAUGUUUCUUAUAAUGGCCAUAUUUGAACAUUUGUUCAAACCCACCUCACAAUUUUCCACGCCAGAAUCUAUGCUGCGACGCUAUCAGAUUCAGGACCACCCCGGAAAACAUGGAAAUGCACAAUCAGUUCCAGCAGCAUCUAAUUUCUCAGUCUUAAUGCCAGGGCAGCAGUAUCCUACCUACAUCGCCCAACCUGCUCCCCUGCUACCUUCUCAAAGGGAAGGGGUUUAUUGGCCUUCUCAUGAUCAUCACUUUGUAUUUAAUUAAUUCAUUUCCGCAAAUUUUCUAACCUCUCCUCUCUGCAUACACA